CCGCGUGCGCACCCACAGAACUGGAGUUUAUCUUCUGAGUUAAGACGGAGAAAUGCGGGAUGUGACCCUCUGGGAUCUCGGCUUCAGGUCCUAAGCUGACUCCUCAUUAGAGUAUCUUCAUGUGUGAUCACACGCCAUUCCCAGUGUCCAGUUUAUGGCUCUCCUGCGCCUCUGGCACUCCCUCAUAAACCAUUUAACUGCUUGCCUGCUCUCGCUUUGUCUCUGUGUAACCAUGUCAUCUGCAGUUAGAGCCCUGUUGCUUGUGCUACUAGGAGCCGGGGUCCUGCUGUCCAGUGGUGACUCUCCACGCCGAGAAAUUAAGAUAGACGGAGACCUAGUUCUCGGAGGCCUCUUUCCCAUACAUGAGAAGGGCCUGGGUAUGGACGAGUGUGGGCGAAUAAAUGAGGACCGGGGCAUUCAGCGUUUAGAGGCCAUGCUCUUUGCCAUAGAUCAGAUCAACCGAGAUGUUAGCCUGCUGCCUGGCAUCUCACUGGGUGUCCAUAUCCUUGACACAUGCUCCAGAGACACUUACGCAUUAGAGCAAGCACUAGAGUUUGUCAGAGCAUCGCUGACCAAGGUGGACGACACUGAGUUUAUCUGUCCUGAUGGCUCAUACGCGUUUCAGGAGGACAGCCCAUUGGCUAUUGCUGGCGUCAUUGGAGGAUCCUACAGCAGCGUCUCCAUACAGGUUGCGAACUUGUUGCGCCUGUUCCAGAUACCUCAGAUAAGCUACGCCUCUACGAGUGCCAAGUUGAGUGACAAAUCACGCUACGACUAUUUUGCUCGCACCGUCCCUCCGGAUUUCUACCAAGCAAAGGCCAUGGCUGAGAUCCUCCGUGCCUUUAACUGGACGUAUGUCUCUACAGUGGCGUCCGAGGGUGAUUAUGGCGAGACAGGAAUCGAGGCCUUCGAGCAAGAGGCGCGUAUGCGCAACAUAUGCAUUGCUACAUCAGAAAAGGUGGGUCGCUCUAAUGCAAAGCGCUCUUCAUAUGAAGCGGUUGUGCGGCAGCUUCUUCAGAAGCCCAAUGCUCGCGUGGUUGUAUUGUUCCUACGCAGUGAUGAUGCCCGAGAGCUGUUGGGCGCUGCCACCCGUCUCAAUGCCUCCUUUCUCUGGGUGGCCAGUGACGGCUGGGGGGCACAGGAGAGCAUCAUCAAAGGAAACGAGUUCACAGCAGAUGGUGCGAUCACAUUAGAACUCGCAGCACAUCCUAUACUCGAGUUCAACCGCUACUUUCAAAGUCUAAAUCCUCUUACCAAUCACCGGAAUCCAUGGUACAAAGACUUCUGGGAACAGAAGUUCCAAUGCUCUUUAAGCACAAGCUCACAGGCAGGAGCAGGAACUGUGAAACCACCCUGUGACCCAAAACUAGCAGUGGAUGAUUCGAACUUCGAGCCUGAGUCCAAGAUCAUGUUUGUGGUAAACGCAGUGUACGCCAUGGCACAUGCCUUACACCGUAUGCAGAGGACACUGUGCACAAAUACCACACGCCUAUGCGAUGCCAUGCGCAGUCUUGACGGCAAGAGGCUCUACCGGGACUUUCUGCUUCACAUCAACUUCAAAGCUCCGUUCUCACCUCCUGGCUCAGAAAACAUGGUCAAAUUUGAUCAAUAUGGAGAUGGUAUGGGACGAUACAACAUCUUCAACUAUCAGCGAAUCCCAGGUAAUGACCGCUUCGGCUACAUCCAUGUUGGCGAAUGGGCGGAAACGCUGUCUCUUAACGAGUACCUGGUCGGCUGGCCACGUGGAACAGGUGUUCCCACCUCACAAUGCAGUGACCCGUGUGCUCCAAAUGAGAUGAAGAAGAUGCAAGCAGGGGAGUACUGCUGUUGGAUCUGCACCCCUUGCGAGCCUUAUGAAUAUCUGCCGGAUGAAUUCACUUGUGCGCCCUGUGCUCUGGGCCAGUGGCCUCGGGCAGACCUGAGUGAUUGCUAUGACUUGCCUGAGGACUACAUCAUGUGGGAGGAUGCCUGGGCUAUUGGACCUGUCUCCAUUGCUUGUGUGGGCUUCAUUUGUACUUCACUGGUCUUUGCUGUUUUUAUUCGUCAUAAUGAAACCCCACUGGUCAAGGCCUCUGGCCGGGAGCUGUGCUACAUCCUGCUUCUGGGAGUCCUCAUGUCCUACUCCAUGACAUUUGUCUUUAUCGCCAAGCCCUCGCCGGCCGUCUGCGCGUUGCGCCGCCUCGGCCUUGGAACCUCAUUUGCAGUCUGCUAUUCAGCAUUACUGACAAAGACCAACCGCAUCGCACGCAUCUUCAGCGGUGUGAAAGACGGCGGUGUACAGCGACCACGAUUUAUCAGCCCUAGCUCACAGGUGUUCAUCUGCCUAGCACUCAUCUCUGUCCAGCUCCUGCUUGUCUCCCUGUGGUUGCUUCUGGAGGUGCCUGGCACUCGGCGCUUCACACUGCCUGAGAAGCGUCAGACGGUCAUUCUCAAAUGUAAUGUACGGGAUUCUAGCAUGCUCUUGUCACUCAGCUACGAUGUUGUUCUGGUGGUGCUCUGCACUGUCUACGCUUUCAAGACCCGCAAGUGCCCUGAGAACUUUAACGAGGCCAAGUUUAUCGGCUUUACCAUGUAUACUACGUGCAUCAUCUGGCUUGCCUUCCUGCCCAUCUUCUAUGUCACAUCUAGUGACUACAGGGUUCAGACAACCACGAUGUGUAUAUCAGUAAGCCUCAGUGGUUUCGUGGUUCUGGGCUGCAUGUUUGCUCCUAAAGUCCACAUCAUCAUGUUCCAACCCCAGAAGAACGUAACCAGUCACCGGCUCAACUUGAACCGCUUCAGCGUCAGUGGUCCACCUGCUACCUACGCGUCACACGCAUCUGUGAGUGGCCACUGUGUUCCGACGGUGUGUAACGGCAGAGAGAUCGUCGACUCCACCACAUCCUCUCUGUGACCCCUUGUGAACGUAUUGCUACUUAGCGACUGUUAGCCAAUCAGCACACAUUGUGCUCCAUCCACGAACUCCUCCUGUCCACAGUGUGUAGAAAGUGUGUAUUAUUAUUAUUAUUAUUAUUACUAUUAUUAUUAAAUUAUUUUUUAGGGCUUGUACAUAUUAACUGACAUUGUUGUAGAGAAACAGAGGAGCAAAAAAACCUAUAAAACAUUUCUAGGGUGGUUUUGGAGACCUUUUGUUUUUUGAUAGCUUUAUUAUGUUUGUUGUAAAAUAAUUUGAAGAAAAAAAACAACGAUAAAAUGUUUCACCAUCGGACUACGAUGAAUUUACUGCUGAACGGAAAGUGUUAAGCGGCUACGCCUGCAAUACUGGACAAACCUGGUCGUUUUCUUUUGUAGGCCUCGUUGUAACAAUCUAUUCUGUAUGUAUUUCUAUGUUGUAUAUUUUGUAAAUAACCUUACUGACAGUUUUAACCGCACAAGGUGAUAGUAUUUUAGGAGUAAGGAUGAUGUCGGGAGUGUAAACGAGUGGCUGACCAGAGGAUGGAAGUCUCACGGUCCUUUUAGUAAGCGUUCAUUGUCCGCUAGUGCUUUUCAUAAACUGCUUCACACAAAGCAUGCACAAAGUGCUUUUGAUUGUUAAACCUUUACAAAUGUGGUAUUUCUGCAAAGCAUAAAGUGCUUGGAGGGACGGGAGUGAGCGUGAACGGUGAUCCAGUGUUUAAUGGCUCUUUGUGCCUUAUCAUGUGUUUAGUAGUUUGAUAUGAAAGCUUCCUCUAGACCUUUAGGGGUUGCUGAGCCACUUUUUUUACAUGUGUAUUAUUUUUUUACAUCUGAGUGUUUUGUACAUUUCUACAUUUUGAAGGAGGGGGGUGUACAUUUUAUGUGACGGGUUGAAACAUGUAGUCAUAUCACUGGACUUGAGGGGUGUGUGUGCGUGUGUGUGUGUGUGUGUUUAAUCUUGCUUUGGAAGGCAGUCAUCUCAUGUGACAGUUUACUUAAGUGUCAACUCCAAAUACAUUUUACUGUUUUGCAGUUGUAGAAAUGGAAUGUAAUCGCUUGGGGCAAACAGACACAACACUGAUGUACAAUAGAAAUGAUGCGUUCAUGAUUUAUCUGCUGUGACAAUAAGCACAAACAAUGUAAUAGUAUGAAAUGUUAAACUAUGAAGGAAUCUAUUUGCAUCCAGGUACUUACCGUAUAAUUAUAUUUUACAUAUAUACCCCUAUCUGCCAUAACAUUAAAACCACCCCCUUGUGCCUGCAAAACAGCCCUGGUUCCUGUGGGUGACCUUUGGCACUAUGCUGUGGUGUCUGACACCAGGACAUUGGCAGCGGAUCCCUGGAGUGUUGGGUUACGGGGUGGCGCCUCCAUGGAUCAGAUUUGUUGCGGGGUGGCGCCUCCAUGGAUCAGAUUAGUUUUUUCGGCUUGUCCUGUGGGCGUUAGAUCAGAUUGUGGAUUUGAAGGCAAGGUCUAUGGCCUUUUGGGCCUUUGUUUGCUCGAUUACACACAUCACAGGCUGUGAUGCACUGGGUCCUCUGGUACCUUUAUAUCAUGGCUGGAGUUGGCUUCUGCAGUUUGUGCUGCAUUAUUUCUUCUGUGGGAAUGGACUAGACAGGUGAACCUUGGGUCCCCACCAGCAUAAAUGAGCCUUGGGUGCCCUGUCACCAGUUUACUGUUAUAUAAUUAAUAAUUAAUGUUAUUCAUGCAUGGCAGUGGUGUUAAUGUUAUGGCUAAUAUAAAUAUGCAUACCUAACAGAUUUAACUGAACUAAACUCAGACGACAUAGGUGUGUACUGCAUUUAUUAAUUAAUCCUCAGGUACUGCCUGGUCUAGGUUGCAUGGUUUAAAUUAGGCUACUAGGUUGUAAAUACCUGUCACCUCUCCAGCUACUGUAAACUGCCUGGCCAGAAAAAGUCCCCUACUCUAAGAUUGUUUUUAAUCACCUUUAGUUUUAAUAACAGCACACAAAGUGGUGGCCCAGAACCACUUUUUCACAUUUUGUACCGUGCAAUAUGCCACUGUGUCAUUAGAGAAGAUAACCCCAUAGAUGAUCAUUCAGUGCAUUAAGACAGUCAGCUGACUUAAUUUUAUUGCCGCAUAAAUUUGCUGAGCCUAGAUGUGACCAACUGAAGCAACUCCAGUACAUAACACUGCUUCAGAUGCUUGUACAGUGGCCACUAAGCAUGAUGGGUGCAUCACUUUUUGUGCUGCUCUUCUUACCCCCAACGUGUCCAUUACUCUGGAAAAAGGUCAAUCUUAAAUCAUCAAACCACAUGACCUUUUUCCUUGCUCCAAAUUCCAAUCUCUAGCAAAUUUAAAUGUUUUUUUUUCUGAUUAGUCUUACUAAUAAGUGGUAUUCUCAUGGCCAUACAGCUGUUUAAUCCCAAUCCUGUGAGUUCUGAUCACAGUGAACAUCUUUAAUACAUAGCUGUCAUUUCUUUACACUUACUUACUCACUCAUCUUCUAUACCGCUUUAUCCUGUAUUCAGGGUGAGUGGGACCUGGAGCCUAUCCCAGGAAGAUUAGGGCACAAAGCAGGGUACACCCUGGACAGGGUACCAAUUCAUCGCAGGGCGCACACACAUAAACACACUCACACGCUCAUUCCCACACUACGGGCAAUUUGGGAACACCAAUAAGCCUAACUUGCAUAUCUUUUUUUUCUGGCCACAUUUCUUUCACAAAGUAGAAGGUUAAGCCAGUCCUUUUAGGUUGUGUACUGGACACUUCUUAACCCAGUUUAAUUAAUUUUAAAUCUCCUAUAUUGGAAUUGUGGUUUGCAAUACUUGAUGCUGGACAGUAAUUUGAUCUUACUGAAGUGGGGACUUUUUUUAGUCUGGCAGUGUAUUUAAUUUUUGCUGCUAACUAGGUUCCUUAAGAUAUAUUAGCUUCAUCAAAACAUACAACAGACAGUGGUACCGCGAUAUGCGAAUUUAAUCCUCUGCGGUUGCGAGUUCUUAAGGCAAAACGCAAGUUCCCUUAGGAAAUAGUAUAAAUGCAGAUCUGUCCCAGCCACCCAAAAAUAUACUAGAAUUAUAUUUUGUAUAUAAAAACAAUCGAAACAUGUAGAAAAUACAUGUAAAUGAAGUAAAAUAUGAAACAUCACACCAUCUAAUUUAUGAGUUAAAAAUGAAACUGAAGGUGGCUCCC